ACGUCCUCCAAUUGAUGCGUUUCUCCCGCGUUGGACCAGGACCAGUCCGACUGCACCGACCGACAAUGGCACGAGUCUUUUCCAACUCGGCAUUCGGCGUGCUCCUCCGCCUCGUGUCGGGGGGGCGUCUCUUCACGCCCCGUGAAUUUCGUCGCGACUUUACCCUGCCGCCACCGUACCAGUUGGCGGCCAGCAAUGCCCUCACCCAGCAGCAGCAGCAACAACAACAACAACAACAACAGUCCUCGGAGAAAUCGGUCCACGAGGCAGGUGAUGGAAGUACGUUGUUCAACCAAGCCCUGCCCCGCGACGACGCGAUCAAGGAAAUUGAUGGGAUCCAAGAUGUCACCCUCCCCACUCCGGCGCCCACGCCGCCCGAGUCCGCGUUGCAAUCGCCGUCGUCGUGGAUCGAGCCGGAAGUGCUGCCGGACGGGACCAUCCUGGUGGACUGGUACUCGCCCGAUGACCCGGACAACCCGCAUAACUGGUCGUUUGCGGCCAAGCUGCUGGUCUACGUCGAGGUGAACCUGUUCACCUUCCUGGUGUUCAUGGCGGCGGCUAUCGUGGCCGCCGACGAGGGCUAUCUCCAGGAUAUCUUCGGGGUCACCCGCACCGUCAGCUCGCUGGGGCUGGCCCUGUACGUGCUGGGCUAUGGCAUGGGGCCGAUGAUCUGGAGUCCCAUGUCGGAAGUGCCUUCCGUGGGUCGGAAUCCGCCCUACGUGAUCUCCGUCACCAUCUUCCUGAUCCUGGCUGUGCCGACGGCCCUAGUCAACAACGUGCCGGGCUUCCUGAUCCUGCGCUAUCUGCAGGGCUUCUUCGGUUCCCCCGGGCUGGCCACGGGGGGUGCCUCCCUGGCCGAUGUGACGGCGAUCAAGAACCUCCCUUAUGGACUGUACAUCUGGGGGAUGUGUUCGAUCGCCGGACCGGCCAUUGCCCCGACGAUCUCGGGGUUUAGUGUGCCCGUGAAAGGAUGGCACUGGGCCAUGUGGGAGAUCUUAUGGGCGGCGGCGCUGUGUUUUGUGUCCCUGCUCUUCCUCCCCGAGACCUCCGCCCCCGCCAUCAUGCACCUCCGCGCCAAGCGCCUGCGCAAGCUCACCGGCAACCCGGCGUUCCGAUCCCGAUCGGAGAUCCAAACGAAGAACGCCACGGCGAUGCAGAUCGCCUACGAGGCGCUAGUGAUUCCCUGGAAGGUCAAUGCCCUCGAUCCCGCGGUGCUGUUCACGACGGUGUACAUCGGACUCGUCUACGCCAUCUUCUACUCGUACUUCGAAGUCCUGCCCCUCGUCUACCAAGACAUCUACCACAUGAACCUGGGCCAAUUGGGACUCAUCUUCCUCAGCUGCGUCAUCAGCUCCCUCCUGCUCAUCCCCUUCUACUACGCCUUUGUGCACUUCUCCCUCAAUAAGGCCUUCCGCCGCGGCGAGUUUCCCCACCCAGAACACCGCCUCGUCCCAGCCAUCGUAGGGAGCAUCCUCAUCCCGACCGGAUUGUUCCUCUUCGCGUGGACCUCCCGGGCAUCGAUCCACUGGAUCGUCCCCACCAUCGGCCUCGUGAUCGAAGUGGCGGGGAUGUCCCUAGUGCUGCAAUGCAUCUUCAGUUACCUCUCCGUGGCAUACAUGACCUACAGCGCGAGUCUCUUCGCCAUGAACGAUCUGGCGCGUGCCAGUCUCGCCUUCGCGGCCAUCCUCUGGUCGGGGCCCUUAUAUGACCGGUUAGGCGUGGCACGGGGGACGACCCUCCUGGCGGGGCUGACGGUGGGUUGUAUCGUGGGAGUGUUGGUGUUGUAUUGGUUUGGACCGUCGUUGCGGCGUCGGAGUCGGUUUGCGGGGUGAUUGGCAGUCACUUAUUCAGGUGACUUGCUGCGUGGCUUGGUGUGGUGUCGUGGUGGGCGAUGAUCUUUCCUUGAUGGUCAUCGACUACGGAGGACUGAGGGGGUUGCAUUCUCUGGUGUAUUGUAUUAUCUAGUUGCGUCGGACACUCCACUAGUGUUCUUUAGAGGUUAGAUCUUAUUUAAUCGGUUUGAGGAUGAAAAUUACCUGGUUGGGUGUACCUGGUUGGGUUGUCUGGGUUAUGGCUGGUAUGGACACGGGUAAUGCCGGAGAGAUGGCUUGAUACUGGACGUUGAUUGGCUGGAUGAGUGGUGCUUGGCACAGCUUGGCACAGCUUGGUAUGUAGGGUGCUUAAAAGGGGUUAGUGCAAUUCCUGAUAAGGCUAGCUGGU